AUGUCGCAAAAUUUCAAUUUUGUUUCUUGGAAUUGUCGAGGUGGUUUGACAUUUGCUCGUAAGGCUCGUUUUAUUCGUUCUAUGAUUUUAUCUCAGAAACUUGCCCUUCUAGGAUUAGUAGAGACGAAGAGAGAAUCGUUUGACGAUUUCAGUGUGCGUUUACUCUGGCCUAAUCUUGAUUUUGAUUAUAGUUUUGUCCCUUCGGUGGGUGCUUCGGGUGGUCUUUUAUGCUUUUGGAACCCGAAGUUGAUCUCUCCAUCGAGAAUUUAUAAAGCUAACAGGUGGAUUAGUGUAGAUUUUAUUUGGGGUGAUAUUAGUAUCAGGUUCAUUCUGGUAUAUGCUAGUAAUUGCGCUCGUGACCGGGCUUCUUUGUGGCGUGAUCUUCUUCCUGAAUUAUUAUCUGAUUUUCUUUGUAUUGUGGUGGGCGAUUUUAAUGAUAUUUUAGACCCUUCGGAAAGGUUUAACUGUGAGCAUUUCUCUACUUCAAUGCUAGCUUUCUCUUCAUUUAUUUCAGAAUCUAACCUUGUGGAGUCUCCCCUUCAAGGUAGAUUUUUUACUUGGCAAAACAGAAUAGCUCGUUCUAAGAUAGAUAGGUGUUUCUUGUCUCCCUCGGCCUUUACUGCUUGGCCGAAUUGCGUGCUACGGGCGCUUCCGAAAUCAUUUUCUGAUCACAUACCUAUCAUCUUCACCUCGGAUUUGCCAAGGAAUUGGGGCCCAAAGCCGUUCAAAUCGAUUAAUGCAUGGUGGUCUCAUAAAGAUUUCAGCGGCUUUGUUGAUUCUUCCUGGAUUUCUAUCGCGCAUAGGCUGCCCAACGCUAACCUUGUGGUUAAGCUUUGGGAGCUAAGGAUUGCGAUUAAGACAUGGAACCGUGAUAUUUUUGGCGACUUAAAUGUGAAGUUAGAAGGAGUUAAGUCUGACAUUUCGGCAAUUGAAGCUAAAUCAGAUUUUGCAAACCUUGAGGAAGACGAUAUGACUAGAUUGGGCAGCCUUUACUCCGAGUUCGAGCAGGUUUCAAAGCAUCUUGAAUCUCUAUGGCAACAAAAAUCUAGACUUAAUUGGAAUCUUCACGGGACAGGAAUACGAAAUAUUUUCAUACUAUAG